UUUUCAGAAAUCGAAAUGAGCGAUAAUAACGAACAAGAAGUUCCAGAGGAAGAGGUUACACCCGACUACUCCAAGUACGAUGAGGAUAGUGUUCCGCCACCGGAAAAGGAGAUAAAACACGUACAUCCUGGCCGCCCCGAUCUCGACUACGACGACAGACCAGUUGGUCCAGCUCCAGAGGAAUGA